UGAUGAUGAUCAUCUAUGAGUUGCUGAGGAACGGCAAGCGCACCACUUUGCGGGCCAUUUAUUAUAAAGUUGCUCCUAUGUUCAAGAAUCAGAAGGAAUGUGAUUCAACCAUAGAUGAUAUUGCUUGCUUCCUAUUAUGCCGUCGCGAAAAUCUCAACAUCGUUGCAGCCGACAAAGGGGAGGUGGUCGGAAAUCUAUCCUAUACUGUGGAAGGUGAUAGAAUUGAAUGCUUGAAGAGAUCUCAGGUGAUUCCUGAUUCAAAGGGGUUGGCAGGUAUUCAGAGUAAAGCUAGAUUUAUUUUGGUUAUUGAAAAACACUCUACGUUUUUUGAACUAUGUGAGCAUCAGUUUUUCGAUAAAAUGCCAUGUAUACUCAUUACAGCAAGGGGGUACCCCGAUGUGACCACAAGGAGGUUCCUGAAUAUCUUGAGUGUGGAACUCAAGAUUCCGGUAUUCGGUCUAUUUGACUCAGACCCAUUCGGAUUUCAUAUAUUUUCUGUUUACAAAUGUGGUUCGGAAAACAUGUCCUACGACUCUGCAAAUUUGACCACGCCGGAUAUGAAGUGGCUGGGAAUUCUACCAUCCGAUAUCGGGAAAUACAAUAUUCCUAGGUUCUGUGGCAUAAAUAUGACAGAGUAUGAUAUUUUAAGUUGCCAUAGGAUGUUGAGAGAGAAGAAUAUUGUCAGUGACCAUGAUUCUUUGAAG